GCGUGCGCGCUAUGAUGCCUUGUUUUCUGCGCGGACCCGGUCUGUCUGUCAGGACGUUGAGGCGCAUUUGAGACCUAAAUAACGAGGCUGUUCGCCGCUUUGGACGGGCAGGAGAUCUGUGUAGCAUGUAGCUGCUGGGAAUUAAAAAAAAGGGAGAAAAUAGCUAAAGACCAAAUAUAUAAACCAAAAAAAAAUUUUUUUUAAACCAAAUAAAACGCAGCAGAUGUCCAAAAUAAGAACACAAUAACCUUAUGAUACUGUUUUUAUACGCUAAAGAGUCAGGGUUGUGCGCUCUUCUCUCUUUAUUCUUACUAAUAAAUGCAGAAACGAGCCAGACGAGCGAAUCUAGACGCAAACCAGCUUGAAUAUUCACUAAUUUACCUCAGCGGGGCGAAAGGGGAGUCGUUUAAACCUUCUGAACUGUAUUAUAAAGCGCAGGGAAGUGCGGCCUGGCCUUACCCGAGGCUUAGCGAGCAGUCUGACACUGAAACAGCAUUAAAGGAGAAUAAUAAGAAUAAUUAUAAUAUUUAUAUAUAGUGGUCUGUCUGUCCGCCUGUGUGUCUGGGACUUUUAUUUAUCUAGCCACACAUAUACGUGCACACACAACGACAAAACAGGCGUAUAAAUACAGAUGAAGUCCAAGUGAAAUAACUAGAAAGAUGCCAGAAAGAGCCCCAAACUCGAGCACGAGCGAGGACGCCGACAGCCGCCGCUGCGUAGAGAGGGAGAGCGCGAGCCUGUAGAAAGUCGCCCGCGCCGUCCAGACGAGAAAGAGGGGCACCGAGCGGAAGAAGCGAAGGACAGAAAGCAGAGGAGGAAGACAGAAAGGAGGCAGGGAGGCAGCAGAAGGAGACGGGAGGGACCAUGUUCGUGCCGUUGCCGGUGCCUUUCGUGCUGCCCAGUUCGGACCCGCGCGCUUGGCGCCUCAAGUCUCCGCUGGCUCUGCGCACACACGCCGACAUCAGAAUGUCAAAGCCAGUAGAAGUUGAGAAUCCAGCGGCAGACUCUCCAAUGGAGAACACAGGAGAUUCAGAAAGGAAUGGGAAUGGCCCAGACUCCAAUAAUCAGGCUAAGGUAGAAGAGUGUGGAGAGAUGUCCCCGGCCUCUGUCCAGACCACACCCACUCAGACCACUCUCCCGCACACACAGCUGAUGCUGACCGGAGGCCAGCUGGCAGGACUGACCGCUCUUCUGCCCGCUCAGCAGCAGCUCCUCCUGCAGCAGGCUCAGCUCCUGGCCGCUGCCGUGCAGCAGACACAUGCAGCUCAUGCUGCCAAUCAGCAGCAAACGCAGCAACAACAGGCCAAUCAGCAGGCAGCUCCACCACAGCUGCAGGGCCAAGCAAAGCAUGUACAGGAACAAAGCGCCGCCCCAGUCGCGCCCCCUCCUCACCAGCUUACCCUCUCUCAGCCAAUCCAGCUCACUGCCCAGGACAUCCAGCAGUUGUUGCAGCUGCAGCAGCUGGUCCUCGUUCCGGGGCAUCCUUUGUCCUCUCCUGCACAGUUCCUUUUGCCCCAGGCACAGCAAGGGCAACAAGGGCUGCUAUCGACUCCAAAUCUGAUUCCACUACCUCAGCAAAACCAGGGGGCCCUCCUGGCGGCUCCCCCCACACUCGGGCUUCAAGCACAGAGAGAAAAGGUCAUGGAGAGCAGUGCCAGCACCGUGACCCCCGUGACCUCUCAUCCUGAGGAGCCGAGCGACCUGGAGGAGCUAGAACAGUUUGCCCGCACCUUCAAGCAGAGAAGAAUCAAGCUGGGCUUCACACAGGGUGACGUAGGGCUGGCAAUGGGUAAACUGUAUGGGAACGAUUUCAGUCAGACCACCAUCUCCCGCUUUGAAGCACUGAAUCUCAGCUUCAAGAACAUGUGCAAGCUCAAGCCUCUUCUGGAGAAGUGGCUCACCGAUGCCGAGACCAUGUCGAUGGACAGCACUUUACCCAGCCCCAGCUCUCUCUCCUCUCCGUCUCUGGGCUUCGACGGUCUGCCUGCCCGCCGCCGGAAAAAGCGCACCAGCAUUGAAACCAGCGUGCGUGUGGCUCUGGAGCGCAGCUUUUGCUCGAACCAGAAGCCUACCUCAGAGGAGAUCCUGCUGAUCGCUGACCAGCUCAACAUGGAGAAGGAGGUGAUCCGUGUCUGGUUCUGCAACCGCCGGCAGAAAGAAAAACGUAUUAACCCUUCCAACGCCACCCCUCCCCUGCCCAGCCAACCCCAGCCCGCCUCGCACAAACCCCCCUGCUACAGCCCACACAUGAUGCCGAGUCAGGGACCGUCCCCAGCCGUGAACAGUCUCAGCGCAGCCGCGACCACCAUGUCCUCCGUUUGUCCUUUGACUCCCACUGGUCCCUCCUCAAGCUCCACCCCCUCUCCUGUCGCUCCAUCUCCACGCAGUGACGCCAGCCCCGUGCCUGCCAGUCACAGCACGAUAAAUCUUAACACAGGUUCGUGGCGUAACAAGAACGGUGACGUGUCUAACUACAUCACCGAUUUUGUGGCAAAUUUGAGGAAUACGGUGAUUGGAGUUAACGCAGGAAUGAACCAAACUCUCCGUGUCAACAACCCAAUCGCCACGAUCCAAGCUCUGGCAGCCAGUGGUGGCCAACCUCCCAUUUCCAGUCUUGAAGGUGGCACCAAGGUGCUGAUUGGUGGUUCUGGAGGCCAGCGGUCAGGACUCCCAUCUUCCCUCUUCCUAAACCACCCCUCCCUGUUGCCCAUGGCGACCGGCAUGGGACUGGGUAACUCGGCCAUCCCCAAGUCCAACAAGGCUGUAUUUUCAGGUGGCAUGAGCCCCUCCCCCUGCUCCAGCCCCGCCUCCUCCUGCUCUUCCAGCGACUUGCUACACAGCCCACAUUUGAUGGGCGGAGCCAAGAUCGAGUGACACUUCCAGGAACACCAAUCAUGGGAACUGGAAGAGGAACCGAAAGCUCCUCCUCCUCUCAACCAAAGCAUCUCUCUCUCUCUCUCUCUCUCUCUCUCUCUCUCUCCCUUUACUUUCUGCCUGUGGUUCUCUCUCUCUUCCUCUCUCCUGCUCUCCUGAUGCCAAAUAGUACACAAAGUGGAAGAGGGGAGGGAUGAAGAGACAGACGCCGACACGGGAUGAAGAGAAGAAGAGGGACGCGUGAAACCAAAAAAUCUGCCAGGAGGUUUAGCGGAACGGGGCCGAGCAUUGUAUUUUUCCGCUCCGGAGAGCGAAAAAGAAAGGAUUACAGACAUUGAGAAGUGCAGGGACUGGAGGAAGUUGAGGGAAAAAAGCUGAAUUAUCCUGAUCCUUAAUGAUCCUUGAGCCAAAAAUAAUAAGACAACUCUUGAUUGUGUGUUGCUGAAGCAGUAGGACUGAAGCUUGGACAAGCCUGGAGUACUUUAAACCAAAAAAACCAUAGAGGUGAACUUUAAAAGACUCCCAGUGACAAAAAAGACAACCAUACCAAAAUCUCAAAUACCAAAAAAGAAGAACCAAAAAACCAAAAAUACGGAAGGAAAAGCUUUAUCCAGCGGACCUGUAAAUAGCUCAGCGUCCAACGCCAGACCCACUCAGACGAUCCAGCCGUCUCCUGCUCCAUCAUUUCAGUUCAUCUGGCAUCCUCUCAUGUUGUCUCAUGUAACACUGUAUGUUAUUUUAGCCAGUUUAGUAAUUAUUUCUAAUUCGGUUAUUUCUCGGUCUUUUUGUACAGAUGUCUUUUUUUGUCCUUUUUCCUAUUUCUGUUUAGUUCUUUCUUCAAACGACAGGCGAUGCUUCAUUUCAAAACUUUUUUGUUUUAAGUUGUGUCUGAGCAGGUGUGUCAUUAUAUGUGGUCAUCAUCAUCAUCAUCAUCUUCA